AGAAAUGUGAUGAAUUUUUGAGUCAAUUUUUGCUCUCGCUCGAAGUGCUGCACUUGAACGGCACAACCGAGCUUGUAGAGCCAGCUUCGUUACUUGUGUUAGUAUUAUUAUUAUUAUUAUUAUUAUCCUUAUUAUUCUUUUUAGAGCUAGCUUCAUUUUUUGGCUGCUGUUAAGGAACAUUACGCUGAAUCUUGAGGAUUGUUGUGGCGGAGAGGUUUUGCGAGGAAUUACAAUUUUAGGUUUUACGUUUGGAGGACGUAACUAUGGCGCCCGCUGCAUCUUUGGCUGCUGUUCAUGGACCUGCCGUUGUUGCCCCGCUUCCAGCCGGCUCCUUGCGAGCUUCUUCUGACAGAAUUUCGGUCUCUACCGUUACCGCAUCACCAAGAGGGAGAUUGUCUCAGUCUAAGACUUCGUUCCUGCCUAGUCAAAGAACCGUGUUGAGAUCUUCUGCGUCUAUCUCUGGACGCGCGAACGGAUUUAAUGUUUUCUUUGCAUCGAAGUCAACUAGUACUCCUGCCGCCGGUCGCACCAGUAUCAGAUGCGAUGCAACUGUCGCUGAAAAGGAAUCUCCUGUGGAGAAAUACGAGUAUCAAGCCGAGGUCAGCCGGUUGAUGGAUUUGAUUGUAAACAGUCUUUACAGCCACAAAGAAGUCUUUCUUCGGGAGCUUGUCAGCAAUGCGAGUGAUGCUUUGGACAAGUUGAGGUUCCUCAGCGUGACAGACCCGAAACUUAUGGAGCCUAACCCCAAUAUGGAAAUUCGCAUCAAGGCGGACAAGGAUGCCGGCACCAUUACUCUUAUAGACUCUGGAAUCGGAAUGACUCGGGAAGAACUUGUUGAUAGUUUGGGUACUAUCGCUCAGAGUGGAACGGCAAAGUUCAUGAAGGCAAUGAAGGAAAACAAGGAGAACAGUUCUGACAACCUGAUAGGGCAGUUUGGUGUGGGUUUCUAUUCUGCAUUUCUGGUCGCCCAGAGGGUUGUUGUAUCAACCAAGAGCGCCAAGUCUGAUAAGCAAUAUGUCUGGGAAGCAGAGGCUGACAGCGGUUCAUACACCAUCCGGGAGGAGACUGACCCUGAGAGGAUGGUUCCUCGUGGAACCGUCAUCACACUUUAUCUGAAGGAAGAUGAGAAGUUCGAGUAUGCGGAUCCUAUUAGGAUUGAGAACCUUGUCAAGAACUACUCUCAGUUCAUCUCAUUUCCUAUCUACACCUGGCAGGAGAAGACUCGUGAAGUGGAGGUAGAAGAUACCGAGAGUGAAGAGGUGACUGAAGAAGACAAGCCAAAGGAGAAGCAAAUGAAGAAGAUAUCUGAGAAGUACUCGGAUUGGGAGCUUGUCAAUGAAACGAAGCCUAUCUGGUUGCGGAAUUCGAAGGAUGUUUCGAAGGAAGACUACAGCACUUUCUACAAGAGCACGUUUAAGGAAUUUAUUGACCCGCAGGCCUACAUUCACUUUAGUACCGAGGGAGAAAUUGAGUUCAAAAGCUUGUUAUAUAUUCCAGGAAUGGCCCCUUUCAAUUCUGAGGAUAUGGUCAGUGGGAAAACUAAGAACAUCCGGUUGUAUGUGAAGAGAGUUUUUAUUUCAGAUGAAUUCGACGGAGAACUGUUUCCGCGAUACUUGGGAUUUGUAAAGGGUGUGGUAGAUUCCAACGAUUUGCCUCUUAAUGUGUCGCGUGAAAUUCUACAAGAGAGCCGCAUUGUUCGCAUUAUGAAGAAGCGAUUGGUCAGAAAGACUUUUGAUAUGAUUGAAGAGAUAGCUAAUCGUGAAAAGAAGGAGGAUUACAAGCAGUUCUGGACUAGUUUUGGAAAGAAUUUGAAAUUAGGGUGUGUCGAGGACACCGCAAAUCACAAGAGACUAGCGCCCCUGCUUAGGUUCAACUCUAGCAAGAAGGAGGAGGAGUUGAUCAGUCUUGACGAGUACGUGGAAGGCAUGAAGGAAGAUCAGAAAGAAAUUUAUUACUUGGCUGCAGAUUCACUGAAGAGCGCAAAAAGUGCACCUUUCCUCGAAGAGCUUGUCAAAAGAGAUAUGGAGGUUCUACUCUUGGUGGAACCCAUUGAUGAAGUUGCUAUUUCCAACUUGCAAUCCUACAAGGACAAAAAGUUUGCAGAUAUCAGCAAAGAAGAUCUUGAUCUUGGAGAUGUUGAUGAGGAGAAGGAAAAAGAGACUGAAAAGGAGUACCGAGCAUUGUGCGACUGGAUGAAGCAAAACCUUGGUGACAAGGUUGCUAAGGUUGCCGUCUCCAAACGUAUCAGCUCUUCACCUUGUGUGCUUGUUUCCGGAAAGUUCGGGUGGUCUGCUAACAUGGAGAGAAUUAUGAAGGCGCAAACUUUGGGUGAUAACUCACAAAUGGAGUUUAUGCGGGGACGCCGCAUCCUUGAAAUUAACCCCAACCACCCCAUCAUUCAGGACUUGAAUGUUGCUUGUAAAGACACUCCAAGGAAUCCACGCGCGCAGGCAAUGGUUAACCUUCUUCAUGAGACUGCUCUGCUAUCCAGUGGUUUCACGCCUGAGAAUCCCGCUGAGUUUGGGGCGCGUGUUUAUGAGAUGAUGGGCCUAGCUUUGAUUGGAAAGAAUGAAAGUGAAGGUAAGGUAGAAAGCGCAGAACAGAAGUUACCGACCGAUGAAGCCACCUCUUCUGAAAGUCCUUCCGAGGUUGUCGAGGCUUCUGAAGUCAUAGCAGAGAACGAUCCUUGGCAAUCAUAGGAAGUCAAUUUUGUAGAUCAUGUUCUUUAGGGUUACUGCAUUCAAUUAUAGAGAUCUAGUUCUGUAGAUUACGAUGUUACCGAGCUGUUUCGAAUAUCUGUGCGGUGCUCUUAGCGAUUGUUCUACGCCUUGUUCUUGAUUAUUAUUUAACACCAGGUGGGGGCGACGAUUCUUCUGAUUAAAUGUUAAACUCAUGAAUGUGGUUCCAAAAAAAAAAAUCCUAAUCAGCACAAAUUAAUAAGUGCAUAUUCUGCAGGUCA